UUGCGCCCUGUAAUAGAGGAGUACAGUUAGGCGCUACCAUUCGAACGGAAAGUGCAUACGAUCCUGUACAGUGAGCGCGAUUAUGUAAAUUAAAUAAAUCACAUGAUCAAAACCCCAAGUUUUUCCUUCAAAUACACUUAGCUGUGCAACGUUUGCUUCAUGAUUCAUGAUGCACAGUAAUAGCGCGUCAACAGAACGCGUCCGUUAUCAAUGUUUGUGGGUUUUGCUGCCGCCAAUGUAAACCACCACCAACGAUCGCCCACAUACGAUCUCGGUAAUGCCUACAUUCUGCGCCAUCAUAUCACAGUCUUGCAACGGCGAUCGAGUUGCGUGCACACCAGGACCAUACGAGAAAACAGAUGGCAUCAUUUACAUUUACCGACGUACCGAGCGAUUCAGCGGAACGUGGGUACGAUUUCCGCAACACGCUCGUACAGCUGACCGACCUAACGGACUACCCGCUGGCCGGGUGUCACAACGUACCACCGGCCGCAAUGUUUGUGUCCUGCAAGUAUCGUAACUACGCCGAGCGGGUGCGCGACUUCCGCGUGUACGAGGAUGAUGUGUGGAUUGUGACCUUUCCCAAAAGUGGCACCACCUGGACGGAGGAGAUGGUCUGGCUGAUCAAUCACGAUCUAGACUACGAGACGGCGCGCAAUGUUAAGCUCAACACACGCUCAACUUUUCUGGAAUUCGGUGCAAUUGCGGAUCGUUACGAUGUUGAUACGAUCGCGCUCGCCGCCAACAGUGAACGUCCGCGGCAAAUCAAAUCCCAUCUGCUGCUGCCGCUGCUGCCGCGCCAGCUGUGGACGGUGAGGCCACGCAUCGUUUACGUCGCCCGCAACCCGAAGGAUGUGGCCGUCUCGUACUUUCACCACUGCCAGACGCUGGUCGGCUACCGGGGGGAUAGGGGAGCAUUUUUUGACGAUCUGCUGAACGAUCGCAUAACGUUCUGUCCGAUGAUACAGCACGUGCUGAGCUUUUGGGCGUUAAAGGACGAACCCAAUGUGCUCUUUCUCACGUACGAAAGCAUGAAAAGGAAUUUGCGGGGCCUUCUACCAAAGGUGUGCCAAUUCCUGAACAAAUCUUACACCGACACCCAGCUGGACGAGCUGGCAGUGCAUUUAUCGUUCAGCGAAAUGAAAAAAAACCCUGCCACCAACAAACACGACAUGGUACAGAACACCCUCAAGUCAAACCAACGUGAGGGUGCACCGUUUGAAUUCAUGCGCAAAGGCAUUGUGGGCGAUUAUCGUAACGAGAUGCCGGAGGAGUACAGCGAACGGUUCGACCAGUUUGUGGCAGAACAAACGGCUGGAAGCGAUUUCAAGUUCGACUACGAAUAGCCAACUCUAACAGUAAUGCUUUAAUCGUCCCCGAUUCAUAAACAGUACUACAUAGAUCGUGCCAAAGAAAGCUUGCCACUAGAAACCAGAUGAACCAGUUUGCCGCUACCGUGCACCAGCAACUCUCACCCUAUCCUUCCUCAUCCUUUCGCUUUCGCUAUCUCCCAUCCCGUGGUCGUUAAACUUGCGCUACUUAUCGGUUGCGCAUGCCCACCCCGUCAUCGUGCAUGGCGUUGCCCUAGGUCUAUGCCUCAAGAAGUCAAUUAUCUGCGCGUACCUAGAUGCUCGCACCAUUUGCAAUCUUCUUGCCUUCCGCAGAAAAGGCUGCAAGCCAUAGAGAGAACGAAGGAGAGAUAGUUUCGCCACCAGUGAUUGGAAUGCAACUGACCCCCCAGCGGAUUGAUCGCAAAGCUGCGUUGCGUUAGUUUAACGUUAGCUGCAGACCGACCAACAGCCUCUGCAACGAUGAUACGGUACGAAAAGUACAGCAACCAGUACACCGAUCGGAUCGAUUGCCCGGGCACGGAGAAGCACUACCGGUUGACGCGUGCCGACCAGUGGUGCAUCAUGAUCGAGAAGUUCCUGCCGCUGGUAAGCCCCAUCCAGCAGAUGCCCGUCUACGAGGACGAUGUGUGGGUCAUCACGUACCCCAAGUGUGGCACCACCUGGACCCAGGAAAUGGUUUGGCUGCUGAACAACGGGCUCGAUUAUGCGCGCGCGGGCAAGCAAACGCUCGAGGAACGCUUCCCUUUUCUGGAGUGAGUGUUAAGCGGGUGGGAAUUGAUAGUUGUUCUUUCCAGCUUUUGAUUUUGACAUCUCUAAACAAACCAUUCUUUAAAGGCUCUCCGGUGCCCUUUCGCUAAUGGAUGGUGAUUCGGUCGGUCGGGUGCAAGAUUUACCCCGCCCGCGCCACAUUAAGUGCCAUCUGCCGGUGAUGCUGCUCCCGGACGCGAUUCGUACGGUGCGGCCGAAAAUUAUCUACGUCUCGCGCAACCCGAAGGAUGCGGCCACAUCCUUCUACCAUCACUAUCGCAACAUCGUGGGCUAUGACGGUCCGAGGGAGCACUUUUUUGACGCCUUUCUGAACGAUAGUCUCAUCUACGCACCGUUCAGUGAGCAUGUGCGUGCGUACUGGGAAUGGAGCAAGCAGCCGGCUGGUGCGAACUGUCUCUUCCUAACGUACGAACAGAUGAAGCGCGAUUUGCGGGCAGUGAUUGGUCGGGUUAGCAGCUUCCUCGGCAAGCGAUACACCGAGCGCGAGGUGGACGAGCUGGAAAAGCAUCUUUCCGUGGAGUCGAUGAGAAGUAUGGUAUUGAAAGCCAUUUCAUAAAAGCGUUACAAAAGGUUAUUUUUCCACCAUUUUAGACAACAAAUCGUGCAACAUGGACGAUCUGCUGGAAUGGGCCAGGAACACCACCCACAGUGAGGAGCGUAAGCAGCUCUCGAAAACGAACUUCCAGUAAAUGCUCGCGAAAUCGAUCGAUUGGGUGUGUGUGAAUAAAAAAAGAACAUUUCUUUUUAUGUUUUUCUUUCGCAGGUUCAUACGCAGCGGUACGGUUGGCUCCUACCGCCACGACAUGGACGAUGACUACAUCCAACGCUUCGAGGAGUACGAAAGGGCCGCCACCGAGGGCACGGAUUUUGAUUUUUUCUUCUAAAAUAGAUGCAGUAAUACACCCGGUACAAGUUUGUCGCACCCGUGGCCGCAAAUUCAAUUCAAUAAAAUAACUCAUUUCCACCACCAA